AGUUGGCGUGUAUACUAUUAACUUGUACCAUUAUUAAUUCCAAGGACAUCGUCCUAAAACGUGCGGAAAAUGCUUCGACCCCUCCUACCCCGCCAUGGCUCUUCUUUCCUCCGACCUUCCUCCCUCCUUCGCAAUCUCCUAUCCGGUCAAUUCACCUCGGCAUGCUCUCCGUCUCGUCCUUCUCCCUUCAGAAUAUCUGUUAGAGGCUUCUCUGUAUCAUCUAUCAACAUGGCUCAAUCCAAAGUGUUCCUCGACGUUGAGUGGGUGUACGACAAGAAAGACGAGCCGACUCCGGAUCCCAAACAGACUUUCAGGGGCCGCAUCAAAUUGAAGCUUUUUGACGAUGUCGUUCCCAAGACUGCCCUUAACUUCAAGACCCUGUGCACGGGUGAGAUGGGCUUCGGUUACAAGGGCUCAACCUUCCACCGUGUCGUCAACAACUUCAUGAUUCAGGGUGGUGACUUCACUCGCGGCAAUGGCACCGGUGGCAAGUCUAUCUAUGGCGAGAGGUUUCCCGACGAGAACUUCCAGAUCAAGCACUACAAGCCUUACUUGCUCUCCAUGGCCAACGCAGGCCGCAACACUAACGGCUCCCAGUUCUUCAUCACCACUGUAGUGACUCCGUGGCUUGACGACAAACAUGUCGUUUUCGGCGAGGUCCUCGACGAGGAGUCGAAAAAGGUCGUCAAAGCCAUCGAAGCUACCCACGACAAUAAACUAGAUGCGGAUAAGCCCAAGAUCGUGGACUGCGGCGUGCUUCCGGAGGAGGAAGCGUAAAGCGUCUCUACGCACAAGAGGAAACUUGAACAUCAGCAAGAGGUGGAAGGUUUCAAGGUACCGAUAUCGAUCGUUAUCCUCGAACCGCCCGAGCACAUUUGCCGGACAUUUUGGAUACUUCCCAGGUCAUGGAGAAUUUGGAUAGAAAUUGGAUAUCAAAGGAGCCAACCUGAAGCGUGCUGGCAUGAAUUCGUUUUCUAAUACAGUUACAAACCAAGGUGCUUGCCCUUUGCGGGACGUCAGAAACAGGGUAUAUAAUCUAUGUAUCAUCAAGG